CGAUCAGCGGCUCUCAGUCGCUAAUCGGCAGCCCUAGCGCUCACACAGUGGCGAGUGAUCUGUCUCGAACCCUUCGGGUGGACCGGACCGUGUCAAGGGGGGGCCCCUAAUCAGUGAGCUAAUCAAGUGAAAACCAAAAGCGAGCGAUCGAGGAACCGUUCUGUACCGUGCAGCGAUAAGAGGCCGUGGCUGUGGCAGAGAAAUGGUAUCACCUUUCGGCCGACGACGAUCGUCCUCUUGGCGAUCGAUCGUGCUGCCGGCUUUGCUGUUCGUUCUGCCAGCGUUGGUUGAAAAUGGCGAAAGCUGCAGCAAAACCCCGAUCGUGGACGGGCGAACGGUCAGCAGUGUGAAGCAGCCGGGCGACAAUGGUUACCGGUUGGCCAUCCGGGACGAGCCGACCGGGUACGAACCGGGCAAGAUCUACAACCUGUUCAUCGUUGGCUCGCGCACGCACGCGAAGCUGCAGCAGUUCACGCACUUUACACUGGUGGCGCACGCACGCAACGGUGCCAAGCAGUAUCUGGCCGGGCCGCGGCGCGUCGGCCGGUUUCAGCUGUUCAGCGACGCACUGACCAAGUUCCACGAUCAGUGCGUCAACACGGUAACGCAGGCGGACGAUUUCCCUAAGACGGAAGUGCAGGUGAUGUGGGUCGCACCGGCAGCCGGUUCCGGCUGCGUCAGCAUCUCCGCCAUGGUGUACGAAAGCGAGCAGCAGUGGUUCGCGGACGAGGGAGCGCUCACCAAGGUGCUGUGUGAGCAUCAGCCCGUGCCGCGCCUACAGAAAGGUGAAUGUUGUGCCUGCGAUGAGGCGAAGUACAGCCUCACCUUCGAGGGCAUCUGGUCGAACGAGACGCAUCCGAAGGACUACCCGUUCGCCAUCUGGCUGACACACUUCUCGGACGUGAUUGGGGCGUCGCACGAUACGAACUUUUCCUUCUGGGGUGAAAACCACAUUGCCACCGACGGUUUCCGCAUGCUGGCUGAAUGGGGCUCGGUGCGUCUGCUCGAGACGGAGCUGCGGGCGAAGGGGGCGCGCCUUCGCACGCUCAUUAAAGCGGCCGGUCUGUGGUAUCCGCGCGUGAACGCCAACACCACCUCCAACUUCCGGGUGGACCGGAAGCAUCACAAGAUAUCGCUCGCCUCCAUGUUCGGCCCGUCGCCCGACUGGGUGGUGGGUGUGAGCGGACUCGACCUGUGCCGACCGGACUGCACCUGGACGGAGUCGCUGGACGUGGAUCUGUACCCGUGGGAUGCCGGUACGGACAGUGGCAUCAGCUACAUGUCGGCGAAUGCGGAAACGCAACCGCGAGAGCGUAUGCACCGCAUCACCACCCUUUAUCCGGAGGACCCGCGGGCACCGUUCUACAAUCCCCGGUCGGCGGAGAUGACCCCGCUCGCUCGGCUUUAUCUGCGCCGCGAGCGGGUAAUGGCUCGGAGCUGCGACGAACAGUUCCUGCAGGCGCAGGUACUGGAGCUGGCGGAGAACACGGAGGAGGAAACGCGCCCCGAGUGUGCGACGACCGAGUACACCGACUGGACGCCUUGCUCGGUCACUUGCGGGAAGGGUAUUCGGAUGCGCACGCGCGAGUAUUUGCGGCCGGAUGUGGCGGCAGGGGGUCGGUGCAACAGGCAGCUGAUCGGGAAGGAGAUGUGCGUUGCGGAGGUGCCGGAGUGUGAGGAGGGAGCAGCGGGAGAGGAUGCCAGUGCGGAGGAUAUGGGCCAGUCGGCGGCGACGGUCGAUGAGGCAGGGGAAGGCGUCGGCGUGUGCCGUACGACGCGCUGGAGCGAGUGGUCGGAGUGUUCGGUAAGCUGCGGCAUCGGGGUGACGAUGCGGACGCGCACGUUCCUGGAAAACAUGGGCCGGAAGAAGUGUCCCCACAUCAGUGUUGUGGAAAAGCAGAAGUGCAUGCAGCCGGACUGCUCGAUCACCGACAUGGAAGCACCGGAUCCGCUCUGCCCCGUCACCGCCUGGAGCGACUGGAGUCCGUGCAGUGCGACGUGCGGCAAGGGCGUGCAGAUUCGCACUCGCCUGCUGCUGCUGGCACCCGAGGAGCAGGACCGCUGCCAGAACCGCAUCGAGCUGAACCAGCAGCGCCCCUGCACGGAUAAGGCCGACUGUCUGUACGAUACGUUCACCGCGCAGGAGAUCUGUUCGCAAUCGCCGGAAGCGGGCCCGUGCCGGGGCCGCUACCAGCGCUACGCGUACGACUCCACCAAGGGCACGUGCGUACCGUUCUACUACGGUGGCUGUCGGGGCAAUCGGAACAAUUUCCUUACGGCCGACGAUUGCAUGAACACGUGCACGCGAUCGCGCUUGGAGACGAGUACGGGGUUGCCGCCGGCAGCAGCCACACCGGACCCGUUCGAGGCCCUGCCCGUCGACUGUGUGCUGUCCGACUGGUCGGAAUGGACGCCCUGUUCCGUUACCUGCGGCACGGGCCGUUCCGAGCGUGUUCGGUCGAUCGUUACGCAUCCGCGCAACGGUGGACAGCCCUGUCCGCCGCGCAUCGUCAAGCGCCGCAAGUGCACUGGGCCACCGUGCAAUUGAUGCGGGCUUUCUUCAUCCUGCAAUUAGUAAAGAAGCGUGGGGUGAGAAGCUCCAAAAAGACAUAAGAUGAGAGAGUGAAAGAAAAAUAAACGUAUGCGUCAUCCAUGAAUUACGUAACGUUUAUAGGGUGGGGGAAGCGGGCGUCGUCAAAUGUAACGAUUUGUAACUUGAGGGAGAGGGGGAGUUUAACAAUUGUUACGUAACGCA